GACCAUCUUUCUAUACGACGGCCCAGUUGCAUAUGGGGAACAAAUCUACUAUCUUCAGUCUUCACUUCUGUUCGAGCCGUGGAACGCACUUUAAACGGUGAUUAAGACGCGCUCGGUGCAUCAACAGACUUCUGUCACGCGCAAUCAGGGUUUAGGGUUUAUCAAUCCGUUACUAGCAUCUUUUUUAUGCAUUUAUUUGCCAAAUUACAUUGAUUCAUCGCGCCGCAAUCAUUCAUGAGUUCAAGGUCACGGUUGUGGUGCGAUAGUUGUGGAUCAAAUCGUGAUACCCAGACUCUUGAUGAUGGCAGAGCAUGCUGUAGUUUCUGUGGGAAACUUCUCGUUGAGGAUAAUUAUUCGGAAGAAGUUACAUUUGCUAAAGAUGCCGGAGGACAGAGUCGAGCACAAGGAACACUGAAUAGACUUGCCAGUGGUUACUCUGCUUCACGAGACAGGACAUUAGACGGAGCUUAUGAGGAUAUGCAAUGGAUGCUUUCAUCAGUGUUCAAUGAUGAUGACUCUAACGUACUUCGACGAGCAAGAAACUUCUAUAGACACUGGAGAGGAAUUUCACAAAAGGACGUCCAAAGCAUCUUGUUGAGGCAGCUUGUCUUUAUGUUGCCUGUCGGACAUCGGAGCCUGAUCCUAAGCCGUAUCUUCUAAUUGAAUUUGCAGAGUUCUUGGGUAGAAAUGUAUACGAGCUGGGUGCUGUAUAUUUGACGUUGUUCAACAGUUAAGCCUUCAAGAUGUUCAGUCUAUUCAGAAAGCAGUUGAUCCAAGUCUUUUCAUUCAUCGGUUUGCAAAUA